CGAUCGUCUCGCGCGCCGGACGUCUGUCAGCCUGGGUCCGUCAAAACGUACGUCUGCGAUCCUUUUGUGGGGCUGAAUCAGGGAUCGCGCUCAUUAUUUUCGCGUCGCUCUUGUGGGAGAGUGUACAACCUUCCGCGAUUUUGGGGCCAUUUCGGUCAGUUUUGAAGUGGCACUGAACCACGACGGUUGGGUUUUUUUGCUUCGUUUUGUUCGGUGGUGCAGUGGCGUACGCGGAAAGCAAGUAAAAACUCGGACGGAAUGAAAGCGAAAACGGGCACUGGUUUGUAGAUAAAAGUGAAGUAAUUUGUCAACCGCAAAACGGCCGACGAAAGACGGCUAAGGAAAUUACUCUAGUGCUUUGCGUUGCCCCGGAUGGUGGUUGUGUAAUAUGGUUUUUUGAAGAAGUGACGAAAGGCAAUAAACAUCUUUUUUAUGAUUUGCCUUUUAACGAGCGACCGCGCAGCACUCGGUGGAGAAAGAUAUUCGAGUUCGAGUUUGCAUGCAGAUGUAACUAGUUUUGGAGGGCAUCGGAGAAACGUAUUCCCAAGUCGGAAGCAACCCGGCCCACGGUGACUGUAGAGGAAUGGAUCGUCAGUGAAAAAAUUAAAAUUACUGUAUCCUAACUUUUUUUCCCUGUCAACUGCUAUCUCUGUUGGCGAAUAAAAAACAGCCAGUGACCAUCAUCGUGAAGAGGAUUGUCCGAUUUUUUCGGUUGUUUGUUGUUUUGUUUCUCUCUCUCCUGCGCAAUUACGUAAACAACAUCCGCCAACAAAAACGAGCAGAAACGAGAGGACUGGAGAGCCCGAAGCUGAUUUUGAAAAUCAACCGAAUGAAAAUGAGAACGACCUGGAUUAACGUUUCAAUAAGUGUGUUGAUCGUAACGACGCUCGUUAUUGCCGUUUGCCAAGCGGAAGACGGUGGCGGAGGAGACGGUGGAGGAGGAGAUGGAGGAGGAGGAGGAGGUGGUGGUAGUGAAGUCGACAGUAGCGGAAGUAGUGGCGGAGGAAAACGGACGCCGGCGUUGAUCGACUCCGGGAUCGGCUUGUCCAAGGUGGGCACAAAAGGUUCUCGAUUGCAGGGUACGCCUAGCGUAACACCGCUGACGAAAAAGAAACCCGCGAAACCACCGAACACGGAUGAGGAUGAUGACGAUGACGACGACGAUUUCCUGGACUUUCUAGGUGAUGACGAUGACGAUGAUAGCGAGGACGACGAUGAUGACGAGGAGGGGGAAGAUGACGACGCGGAAGAGGAAGAAACCGAAGCUGAAGAGGAAACCAGCACCGACGGAGGCAAUAGGUUGUGGUCACCGGAUGUGUUCAAUAAGAUUUCCAACACUUUGGGGGCUCUGAACACCGUUGGGAGGUACAUCGUGAACAUCACCAAAGGUCAGGAGCCGACGGCAGUGGCGAACACCGUCAGCAAAGACACGCCGAAAGAAACAAUUCCUAACGCAAUUCUUACCCUAACGAAAACGGUUCUCGGGCCGAAUGUUACCAAAACAAUCGAACCCCUGAUUAAGCGGGUGGGAGUGGCGGAAGUCGAAACUACGGUAAGUCCAGUAACAACUCUAACAACCGAAACAAUAACCACUCAAGUGGCAGUCACUGAAGAGCCGUUGCUUGUUCAGAAGAAGGAAGAUGUGACCGCAGUCACAGCGACCAGUGAAAUGCAGAAAAAGAAGAAAAAGAAGAAGAACAAGGUCAAACGGAAGGAUCCCUCUCAUGUCGAGACCACCAAAAAACCACCUGUAGUCAGUAAAAUAAUCGAAUCUGGUAAAGACUCGGAGAAUCGUUGUACAACCCCGGACGGUCGACCAGGCCGGUGUGAAGACUUGAGUACGUGUCCAGGUUUGCUGCUGGAUUUGACCCACCUGCGGGAGUCACUGUGCUUCAAAAGCUUGUUUGUUCCGGGAGUGUGUUGUCCGCUUCCCGCCAGCACUACUCUCACCACUCAGCGGCCUGCCACACGUCCAACGAUUCGUACAACUCCUCAAAGUCUAGUGUUGAGCCCCGUCACGGCUAGACCAACAACAACGAAACGUCCCUCAGCGGCGGUAAUAAUCUCUUCGACCACUACGGAGCAGCCGCUGGCAGCCACGCUGCCGUCCAUUGUUGAUAACUUCGUAGAUCCGGAGGACUGUGGCCAGCAGGAGUACUCCUCGGGGAGAAUUGUGGGCGGCUUCGAAGCACCUAUUGGUCAGUGGCCCUGGAUGGCGGCCAUUUUUCUGCACGGUCCCAAGCGGACCGAGUUUUGGUGCGGGGGCUCUCUGAUUGGAACCAAGUACAUUCUAACGGCGGCCCAUUGCACUCGGGAUUCACGGCAGCGCCCGUUCGCCGCUCGGCAGUUCACCGUGCGGCUCGGCGACAUUGACCUCUCGACGGACGCGGAACCGUCGGCUCCGGUCACGUUCCGGGUGACCGAAGUGCGAGCCCAUCCGAAGUUUUCCCGCGUCGGAUUUUACAACGAUAUUGCGAUUCUGGUGCUGGACCGGCCGGUUCGGAAGUCCAAGUACGUGAUACCGGUAUGCACGCCGAAGGCUAACCUUCCGACGAAGGAGCGGAUGGCUGGUCGACGUGCAACGGUCGUCGGUUGGGGCACCACGUAUUACGGGGGUAAGGAGUCCACUAAGCAACAACAGGCGACGCUUCCGGUGUGGCGCAACGAGGACUGCAACCACGCGUACUUCCAACCCAUCACGGACAACUUCCUGUGUGCCGGCUUCUCCGAAGGGGGUGUCGAUGCGUGCCAGGGUGACUCCGGCGGACCACUGAUGAUGCUGGUCGAAGCCCGCUGGACCCAGGUUGGAGUGGUUUCGUUCGGGAACAAGUGCGGCGAACCGGGUUAUCCUGGGGUUUACACUCGGGUCAGCGAGUAUAUGCAGUGGAUUCGAGACAACACACAGAAGUAGAGUAACGUUACAGUAGUUGUACUAACUCAUAAAGUCGCCAUAAAGAAAUACUAGGAUAGAAAUGUGAUAGCGCACAAAACGGACGUGGAAGUAGACACGAUAAUUUAAACGAGUAUUUUGUAUAUAAUUCUUUUUUUCCUCCCAUUUUGUUUAAACAAUAAUGCUUAACUAAUUUAUGUAACUUAUACACAGUUUGCUUUUAGUGUUAGGAAAGGAACAAAAAUCUUAGCUAGUAUAGAAAAUGUACAACGACAAAUGUAUUCCACUUUUUUUUCUUCCUCUUCUCCGUAUUUUAUUUUAUCCAUUUCUCUGCUAGUUUCGUAACGUGUAAUAAAGAUUUUUUCCUAUGUGUUAGUGUAUGCGCUAUAUAGAGCGAUUUAGUCGGUAUAAUAAAAUGUACAGUAAACAACUCAUCGAUUUACGUUACCACUGAUUGUUUGUUUUUCUUGGUUUAAUGUGUAUAGUAUAAUAGACUGGGUUUUCUUUUCCAUUUCCAGUUUAGGGUUAGUGUGUGUGAGUGUAAGUGUAUUACAGAGCUGCGCCUAACGAAUUUGUUCCUACAUUGUUUACUUUAUUUUUGUUUGUUUUUUUUUUGGUUUGGUUUUCAUAUAUUUUGGCGGUCUUUAUAAAACCUUUGACAGCUUUUCGUCCAGAUCGCGGACCUGUGUUGCUUCGAUCGUCUGUGAUGGUGUGAUCAGUUUAUAAUCGUUUACACAGCACCUAGAAAGUUGACGAUUACAUUAUACCCAGUGAAGACCCUGAUAAGGGCUUCCAACUGGGGUGAGACCUAACGUUCUUGGAUGUGUGUUAUUUAUGCGUGAGCAGCGGAUUUCGGUAACCGUUCAAAUACUAAGAAGUCGGUUCGAUUUCGAUAGAUUUUCCUUAGUUCACCAAAAUGAAGGAAAUUAUAAUCAAUUACUAUUGUACUGUUGACCAUUGUCAAACCUUGUGAAAACGCAGAUUUCUACCUUUGAUUGGUCGCGUAAUGCUUGGUUGCCCUAGCGCUGUCGACAGAAUUAUAUGCCUAGUAAACGAGGUAUGCACUCUAUGUCCUAUAUAAAAGCCUAUCUCUGCUCACACCAAUCAUUUUACUAGUAGAUGGCUGCCAGGAUGAUUUUAACUAGGGGGAUGACAGCAUACUAUCUCUUUCUGUUUUGAAUGAAUGAGGAGUCUUCCUGACCAAAGCAGUAGGCAUAUGGAAAUUUUUUUUCUCCAUUGAAAAGUUGUCUUUGUGCGGUAGCGGCAGUUGUAGUGGCAGCUCCAGGUGCAGUGGUACAUUCUUUAGUAAAAAGCUGCCUUCGUGCGGUAGCGGCACAGAUGAUUCCAUGCCUUCGUCAUACGCAAAUUCACCACAAUUUAUGGUGUCACGGUAGCACAGAGGUGCUAUCAGCAUCAUAUACGAUUUUAAAUUGAAUUUUAAACUGUCCUUUUAAGGACAAC